CUGUAUAAAUGGCAUCCCUGGUACAGAUAGAUUUUUGCGCCGAAUGCAAAUUUUGGAAAAAUGACUUGGCAACGCUGAUGGUAUUAUUUGUUGUUUAGAUCUUAAGCUAAGACUCUCAAUUGACUCCAUAUAUUUCGAAAUGCACAUAAAACAGGUUAUUAUACAAGGCUUCAAAAGUUAUCGCGAGCAAACUGUUGUGGAGCCAUUUGAUAAGCGCCAUAAUGUCGUCGUCGGCAGGAAUGGAUCAGGAAAAAGUAACUUCUUUUAUGCCAUACAAUUCGUUCUAAGCGAUGAAUUUACUCACCUAAGGCCAGAACAACGACAAGCAUUGUUGCACGAAGGAACCGGUGCUCGUGCUAUGUCUGCCUACGUGGAAAUUAUUUUUGAUAAUGCUGAUAACAGAGUACCGAUUGACAAGGAUGAAAUUUUCCUCCGUCGUGUUAUUGGCGCUAAAAAAGAUCAAUACUUUCUUAACAAAAAAGUUGUACCUCGAUCUGAAGUAGUUAAUUUACUCGAAUCGGCAGGAUUUUCUAAUUCAAACCCGUACUACAUUGUCAAACAAGGAAAAAUCAAUCAAAUGGCUACCGCUCCUGAUUCGCAUCGACUGAAAUUACUUCGUGAGGUUGCCGGAACUAGAGUUUACGAUGAACGCAAAGAAGAGUCCAUGAAUAUUUUGAAAGAGACGGAAGGAAAAGUUGAAAAAAUCACCGAGUUCUUGAAAACUAUUGAAGACAGACUAAAAACUUUGGAAGAAGAAAAAGAAGAGUUGAAGGAAUAUCAAAAAUGGGACAAAGCUCGUCGCACACUUGAGUUCAUCAUACAUGAAACCGAAAUGAAAGAAAACAAGAAAAUGCUCGAUGAACUUGAAUCGCAAAGAAAAUGUUCUGGUGACAAACAAAAGCUAUUUGCUCAGGAUAUCCAGAAAGCCCAAGAGAAAACGAAAAAUAUACAAAAGCUUCUCAAAGAUGCAAAAAAAGAUGUUUCAACGACAAAAGAUGAAAAAUCAGUACUUACAACUGAGCAUCAACAGCUGCUACGAGAAAAAACAAAACUUGAUUUAACAAUUUCUGAUCUCACAGAUGAAGUGCAAGGAGAUAAUAAAUCGAAAGAGAGAGCUGAACAAGAAUUAGAGCGACUGAAGAUUACAAUUGCCGAAAAAGAGAAGGAGCUGGAAUCUGUUCGUCCUCGCUAUGAAGCGAUGCGUAGGAAAGAAGAAGAAUGUUCCCGUGAACUUAAUCUGAAAGAACAAAAACGAAAAGAGCUCUAUGCGAAGCAGGGUAGAGGAUCUCAAUUUUCAUCCAAAGAAGAGCGAGACAAAUGGAUUCAAGGGGAAUUAAAAUCAUUAAUUAAGCAAAUAAAAGAUAAAAUCACGCAUCAAAGUAAAUUACAGGAAGAUUUAAAACGAGAUGCAACCAAGCAAAAGGAGUUAGAAAAAAAAAUUGAAGAACAUAACGAAGCUUUUGAGCAGCUACGGGUUCAGAUCGACGAACAUAACAAGCAUUAUUAUGAAUUAAAGAAACGAAAAGAUCAUUUCCAAACUAUUCGGAACGAUAUAUGGAAAAAAGAAACUCAAGUAACACAAACUUUAUCAGGAAACAAGGAAGAACUAGCCAAGGCAGAUCAAGCAUUGCGAUCGAUGGCUGGUAAGCCAAUCCUCAAUGGACGUGAUUCUGUUCGGAAGGUUCUAGAAAGUUUCUCACAACGUGGUGGUCAGUAUGCUGAAAUCGCAAAUGCAUAUUACGGUCCAGUGAUUGAAAAUUUCAAUUGCGAUAAAUCGAUAUAUACAGCUGUAGAGGUAACUGCUGGUAAUAGGUUAUUUCAUCAUAUAGUAGAAUCAGACCGAGUUGGAACACAGAUUCUGAAAGAAAUGAAUAAAUUGAAGCUUCCAGGAGAAGUAACAUUUAUGCCGCUGAAUCGCUUACAAGUUCGUAUACAUGACUAUCCAGAAGAUCCAGAUUCAAUUCCAAUGAUUUCAAAGUUGAAAUAUGAAGAACAGUAUGACAAAGCGUUAAGAUAUAUUUUCGGUAAAACCUUAAUAUGCCGGAAUUUGGAGAGGGCUACCGAACUAGCUAAAAGUACAGGAUUGGAUUGUGUAACAUUAGAAGGUGACCAAGUUUCUUCUAAAGGAUGUUUGACUGGAGGGUACUUCAACACUUCACGAUCCAGAUUGGAAAUGCAGAAAAAGCGAUCUGAGUAUUUACAAAUGAUUGACGACUUGGAGAAAGAACUUAACGUCUUUAAAACAGAUUUGAAGCAGACAGAAACUAGCAUAAAUAGUGUAGUUUCAGAAAUGCAAAAAACCGAAACUAAACAAGGAAAAUCUAAAGAUGCGUUUGAAAAAAUUCAGGCUGAUGUACGACUAAUGAAAGACGAAUUAACUAGAAUCGAAAGAUUUCGGAAUCCAAAAGAACGAUCUUUGGCGCAAUGUAAAGCUAAUCUAGAGGCUAUGAACAGUACAAAGGAUGGAUUAGAAAAUGAGUUACACCAGGAACUUAUGUCACAGUUGUCCGUGCAAGAUCAACGUGAAGUAGAUCAGUUAAAUGAUGAAAUACGCAAGCUUAAUCAAGAAAAUAAAGAAGCGUUUACAGCGCGUAUGAGUUUAGAAGUUACCAAAAACAAGUUGGAAAAUUUGUUGACAAAUAAUCUUUUUCGGCGUAAAGACGAGCUUGUACAGGCUCUGCAGGAAAUAUCUGUAGAAGAUCGUAAACGUCAACUAAAUAACUGUCGCAAUGAACUUGGAUCGACUGAGAAAAGAAUAAAAAAAGUAUUGGCUGACUUGGAUGAGAUUGACAAGAAGGUUUCUGAUGCAGUCAAACAACAAAAGAACUUGCAGAGAGAACUAGAAACAUGGAUGCGUAAAGAAAAGGAAAUUCAAGAUAAAAUUGAAGAGGACUCAAAGCGCAUGGAGAAAUGGGCCGCAAAAGAGAACUUAUUGCACCAAAAGAUAGAGGAAUCUACUGAAAAAAUUGCCAGUCUCGGAGCACUACCACAAGUUGAUCCGUCGUUUCAACGAAUGUCACUGAAGCAGCUGUUCAAAGAAUUGGAGAAAGCAAAUCAUCAUUUGAAAAAGUACAACCAUGUCAACAAAAAAGCGUUGGACCAGUUCUUAAGUUUCUCUGAACAAAAAGAAAAAUUAUACAAGAGAAAAGAAGAACUUGAUAUUGGUGGAGAAAAGAUUCGCGAGCUUAUGCAAAAUUUGGAAAUGCGUAAGGUUGAAGCUAUUCAGUUUACAUUCAGACAGGUAGCGGCAAAUUUUACAGAUGUUUUCAAAAAGUUAGUACCUCAGGGAGCAGGUCAUUUGAUUCUCAGAACGCAUAACGAUUCUGAAGGAAAUGAUAUGGAAAAGGAAGUCGAAACUUCGGAUGAUUUUACUGGAAUAGGGAUAAGAGUAUCUUUUACUGGAGUGGAUGCAGAAAUGCGAGAAAUGAAUCAACUAUCAGGUGGUCAAAAAUCUUUAGUAGCUCUUGCUUUGAUAUUUGCUAUUCAGAAAUGUGAUCCGGCACCAUUCUAUCUAUUUGAUGAGAUCGAUCAGGCUCUAGAUGCUCAACACAGAAAGGCUGUGGCCGAUAUGAUCCACGAAUUAAGUGAUAAAGCACAAUUUAUCACAACGACAUUCAGACCAGAGUUACUUGAGAAUGCUCACAAGUUCUAUGGUGUGCGUUUCCGAAACAAAGUGAGCCAUGUUGAUUGCGUAUCACGCGAAAUUGCUAGCGAUUUUGUAGAGGAUGAUACAACACACGGUUAAUUAUAUUAAAACAAGUAUUUAUCGAUUCCAGCUUGCUUAAGAAUAAAAUUUCAUCUGCUAAAGUAA